UUUCUCUCUCUAUAAAUUAAUAUAAACUUCUCAAAAUCAUCCCCAAUUCCCAAUUUUCGCUUUUUUAGGGAUUCUUGCUCCUUAAGUUUCUGCGAAAGCAUUCGAAGUUGUUUCUUUUGUUGUUUCUCCACUCGGUUUUUGGAAGUUGUUGUUGUAAGCCCCAAUUUCUUUACAAAAAAAUCCCUCCUCGAAUUGGAUUUUUCUGCUUCGCGAAUCGGUUGGUUUUCUUGCUUACUCUUCGAGAUGGCUGCCAAACCACUCACAACCGAGGCGAUUGCUCUCACAGAGAAGAAAAUGGACAUGACAUUAGAUGACAUCAUCAAAAUGUCAAAGAAUAAGACUUCUAGAGGUAGGAAGCAGCGAAGGGCUCCGAACAAAAAUCAGUCUUUUCUAAAGAGUACUGUUCAAGAUAAAUCAACAAAGAUGAGGCGUUUAAUGGAUUCAAGAUCUUCUCUUAGACAGGGCGUUCUAGCACAGAGGAGAUCAAAUUUCCAAGGGAACCAAUUUCCUCUAGCAGCUGAGUUUGCAAGAAAGGCUGCAGUUGCUCCUCUUCGCAACAGAGCUUUUAGCCAAAACAGGGUGUCUAAUUGGAAAGCAAGGGUAGCUGCUCCACCUGUCCAAAGAAGGGCUGGAAAUGGAGGCUUUGUUGCAAAGCCACCACAACAGCCAAUGCCACAGCAACAGCAGCAGCAGGGGGAUGCAUUGUCUAAGCAGCAGAGGCCUCAAACACUGGAUUCCUUGUUUGCUAACAUGAAAGAGCAGAGGAUGAGAGUGCAAACACGCAUGAACAACAACAAUGCUCCUAUACAACGAAAUAGGAAUGGUCAUCAAAGGCCUCCAUGGGGAAGGGGCCGAUUUGGCAACUAAAGAUGUAUAAUCUCUUGGGAGGUUUUCUUGGUUUUUUGAGAGACUUAGUGGUUGAUGCAAGUUGUGGGCUGCUGGGGAUGUUGAAUGCAAAAAAUGCUGGGCGCUUUUUUAUCCUUGGAGAUUUUCUUUUGGUUACCGUUUAGAUUUCUUUUUCAUUUUGAUUCUGAAACUCAUUUUCUUCCAUUAUUUUGCUUUCGUAGUGGCAAUGUAUAUAAAAACCCUUUGUUAUGGAGUCAUGAUUUCAUAUAUUUUCUUUCUAUUUGGUAAA